ACUGUACAUGAUGCCAUCUCUACCACAAUUGGGUAAAAAAAGGUCGCAAAACUCAUUGUAGACGAUGGAACACACGAAGAAGAGGAAGAUGGAAGAGACGAGAAACGGCCUACAACUUGCCAUGUCAUCAUCUUCUUCUUCACAGGAACUCUUACGUUCUUUACUUGAACCUCUCUCUAAACCUCAGCUCGUCGAACUUCUCUCUAGAGUAGGGUCCCAAUAUCCUUCAAUUGCAGAAGAAAUUAAAAGUAUUGCCAGUGCACAUCCUGCUCAUCGAAAGCUUUUUGUUCGUGGCUUGACUUGGAAUACUACUUCAGAAACCUUGUGUGCUGCAUUCCAAGUGCAUGGUGAAAUAGAAGAAGGGGCUGUGAUCUAUGAUAAAGCAACAGGAAAAUCGCGUGGCUAUGGUUUCAUCACAUAUAAACAAAUGGAGUCAACUAAGAAUGCUCUGAAAGCACCAAGCAAAUUAAUUGAUGGUCGGAUUACUGUCUGCAAUUUAGCCUCUGAGGGAUUAACUGGGGCAAGCACUCCUGAUCUAGCUCAGAGAAAGCUUUACAUUGGGGGCUUGUCACCAGAGGUCACAACAGAGAUGCUGCUUAACUUUUUCGGAAGGCAUGGAGAGAUUGAAGAAGGUUCAGUUGCAUAUGACAAGGAUACAAAUGAUUCACGUGGAUUUGGCUUUGUGACAUACAAAACAGUUGAGGCCGCUAAGAAAGCAAUAGAAGAUACACAAAAGCUUCUUGGGGGGAGAAGUGUUACUGUGAAGCUUGCGGAUACUCACAAGGAUAAAACAGUGCAGAUGCAAAUAUCUCCCGCAAUGAUUAAUUUAGCUGGCAUACCUUUAGCAACUGGAUACCCACAGCCUGGAAAAGUGCAUGCCAACACUCUCCCCAUUGGUUACAAUUACCCUCAAAAUGUAGCAUCAUACCUUAAUUUUUCAUAUGCAAGCCCUCCUGCAGCAGCUGCACAAUAUCCAACACAGCCUUCUAUGUCUUAUCCACCACUCUCUGUAAAGGACCCUAUCGGAAUUUCACCAAGUACACCUGUGGGAAUGGGCAAGUACCCGUUUUACCUCGGUAAACAAUAAACCAAUUUCCAUACUUAAAUGGUAAAUAUCCUAGAUCCAUCUCUUCUUCCUACUAACACUAGUUAGUUAUUUAUUUCAACUCAAUGAAUAACUUAUGUUUUCUGCCUUCUGCAAUUGAAUUAUGGCUUUGUGGAUGCGAAGAGACGGUUAAAUGAAAGAAAGGAUAAAAUCUGAUUAGCAAUUUGAGUGAUGAAGAAGUAGAAGUUUUGAUAAUGGCAAGGCUGUUGUUGAAGAUGUUUAGCUGUAGUAUUUUAUUGCAAGGAUUCUUUGUAAUAUUAGCCAUUUAUAGUAUUUUAUUGGUGGUAGUUGACACAGUACUUGGAGAUAUAUUGUUUAGCCAAUCAUGUACUUAUUGGUAAGAAGUUGCUCCUUUCCAAAUUUGUGUGUUCAAGUUCUAACCUUUUCAAUGUGCUAUGUCUUGAAAUUUUUAUCCUGGAAUACAAAAUUCUUUUCUUUU